AUGGCUUCUACUGGCGUGAAAGAUUUCUACCGGCAGAAGAAGAAAGGAGGUGUUGGCAAAACUUCAGCAUCUUCUAAGAAGAAAACACAGAAUUACACUGGAGGGGCCUCUGUUGGGGCCUCAAAUAAGGCCCAGACAGCAGCACUAAUUUCUCACGGAUCCUUAGACCUCAGAGAUGAUUUUAGUGAGCAAGAGGAGCAGCUGCGGCAGUUUGACAUGGACAUGAAGUUUGGCCCGUGCAUCGGUGUCAACCGGCUUCAGCGCUGGGAGCGUGCUUCCGCCAUGGGCCUCCAGCCACCGCCCCACCUUCGUGAUCUCCUAGCGCGCGCCUCCUCCGGAAACAACCGCAACAACGGCGGCCCCUCCCCUGAAUGCCUCUGGGAGGGUAAGAUCUAG